AUGGACUCCCGACCCCGGUCCUUGCCUGUCCAUCCGAUUGACAAAUAUGGCCCUAAAUUCGUCGAGAAGGCCGAUCAAAUACAUCGCCGGGUGACCAUGGACGAGCCCAAACCUGCGGGAGGCUUUGAUGCCACUCCGAUGCCCUAUGCUCCGCCAGGCUAUACGCUCAAGAUCACCUUCCAUCGUGCAGAGGACUUGCCUAUCGCGGACUUCGGCAGUUUCUCAUCCGAUCCCUAUGUCGCCGCGCAAAUGAUUGUCAACCUACCGAGACGCCAUAAACAAGACCCCGCCGUGAGGUUUCGUACUCCAACCGUGCACAAGGAUAUGAACCCCAAAUGGGAGUGCGAGUGGACUGUCGCAAAUGUCCCGGCCUCGGGGUUUCAGUUGAAAUGUGUUCUCAUGGAUGAGGACCCCGCGGAUCACGAUGAUAAGCUGGGAAUCGCAUUCAUCGAGGUUCCUACACUCUCAGAGGAUUGGGCAGGUUUUAAGGAGAAGCCCUUCAAGGUUAAAAAGCGCUUUGGGAGCAAGCGCGUCUAUGUCUUCACUAAUGUCUCUGCCUUUGCUACUGGUCACCACAAGGAAUCUUGGCUAGUAGUCAGCAUUGAGUGCCUCGGCAAGACUCCUGGCACCGUGGGGUCCCAGAUGUACACUGUCGGGCCCAAUCAUUGGUUCAAACAUUUUUCCCCUAUGAUCGGACGGCUGGCUGGCAUCAAAGAUCAGGUUCAAAGCACAGAUGGCAGUGGCAAAGCAAUCAGCCGUUAUAACUUCCAAGCGAUUCAAAUGCAACUCGCAGGUCCCGUGCCAUCGGAAUUAUAUCAUCGCUAUGUGGAGUUCAAACCAUUUGUGGCUGGGAUGUUCCAGGCCCAGAGUCUACGAGGGCGCAUUCUGCAUAAAGCGCUCCAUCAUCAACACCAGCGGAUCUACAAUUUCGACCGCACUACUUUACACGGGUCCUUUCUGAGACCUUGUCAUGAAUUCGCUCAGAAGUUUUUGGAGUUUGCACAUUAUGGCCAAGGUGGUCGGAUCUUCACCUACGUGCUCACGUUGGACGGACAACUCCGGUUCACCGAGACCGGCAAAGAAUUUGGCAUCGAUAUGCUAAGCAAACAUACCAUGCAUAGCGAUGUGUCCAUCUAUAUCGCGUACUCGGGUGAAUUUUUCCUCCGGCGGCGCAAAAAUCGUCGUCGGCGCAGCUCACCGGGAGGGCGCACGGAAUCAGCAGACGAUUUCCCCGUGGAGGAAGACGAACAAGAAAUAUCGAUCUCGACCGAUCCUGCGGACUACGAACUCUUUAUCGAUAAUGACAGUGGGACUUAUCGUCCCAAUGCGGAGAAACUGCCGCUUCUACGGGAGUUUGUCUCCUCUAACUUCCCUGGUCUUCACGUUACGACUUUGGACUGCCAGGCCGAUGCCGAGCGAAUGAGCAGGCUGAAAGACGAGCAGCGCGAGUUCAAGAAGAACCAAGGCAAUAUCAUCACAUUCCUACAGCAAAGCAGCACGUCAUCAUCGUCAAUCUCUAGCUCGGAUGAAGAUGAGCUCAAUGAGCUCAGUGGUCAUCCUAAACAACGAGGAGAUCUUUCCCGGCGAGUCCAUGAAAUGCGCGAUUUGCGUGGACAAGUGAUGCGAUGGGCGGAGGCAGAAGAAAAGCCCGAUGGUCAUAAGCAUAAGCAUCGCUACUUCUCUGGCGAGCGUCCUGUAUCGGCCGGCCCACUCGAGGCCAAUCGUUCGAUCACCAAGCACGCGGCCAACUCGUAA